AUGUUAAAAAAUAGAUAUAAAAAAAAUGCAAAGCGCGUAGUUGAGUAUAUAUUUAUGGUGAUAUUAUAUAUAAUUAUAUGGACUAUUUUACUUCUAAAAUGUUUAGUUCAUAAAGUAAAAAAACUUUUUAAAUUACGAAAAAUUUUUAAAUUAUAUGCUGUUAGAAAUAUAUUCCAUAAUUUAUUUAAUAAACAUAUUUUCAAGAAUAUUUUCAAAUGGAAUGAUUUGUUUUUAAAAUAUUUAAAUUUAUUUAAAGAAGAAAAAGAUAAUAAUAUUGAAAUAAAUAAAAAAUUAAAUAAGAUACCUAAGCAUAUAUAUAUUGUAUUAAAAAUCAAUGAUGUUAUUAUGUUAAAUAAAAAGAAACUUUUAAAUUAUUUUUUGAAUAUAAUAAUUUAUUUAUAUGAACUGAGAGUAAAAUAUCUGACAAUAUACAUAUCUGAUUAUUUUUUUAAUUCAUUAUUUUAUGAUGAUCUAACGCAAUAUUUAUUUGAACACAAUUUUUUUAUGAAACCAUUAAUUCACAAAUAUAAUAAUAACAAUAAUUUUUCUACUUAUAAUCUAUCUGAUGAAUUUAUUAUAACAAAAUUUAUAAACCCUAUAAAAAAGUUAUCUUUUCAAAAUUUAUUUCAUAAAAAAAAAGAAAAUUGUUCUAAAACUUAUAACACUUAUGAUGAAAAUUUUUCCCUUUAUUUAAAAUUUGUCAAUAAAGAAAGUUCUCAUAAAAAAAUAAUAGAAAUAGCAAAAGAAAGUAGCAUAUUAUCUAAUGGAGAAAUGGUAAAUGAUGACUUAAUUUUUUAUAAUAAAAAUAUAGAAUCAACAAUAAGAAAGAUAUAUAAUAAAGACGAACAAAAUUUUUAUAAAAAUGAAAUAUGCUUACUACAAAUAUCUGACUUUUUUGAGUUUUUAAAAAAAUUAAGAAAGGGGGCUAUAUUUAAAAUGCAAUAUUUUCUUAAUAUUUUAAAUGAAAAAAUUAUAGAGAUAUUUCAUUUCGUAAAAAAAGUUAAAUAUUUUCAUUCUAAAACAAAUAUAGGAGAAAAAUUUGAAAAAACAAGAGACCAUUUAAGUAUAAUUAAGAGUGACAACAUUAGUAGUAAAGAAAAUGAUGAAAACUCAAUUUUAAAUAUUGUUCAUCAAUUAUUUGAUAAUUCAAUAUAUCAAGAUAAUGAAACAAUAGGAAUCAUAAAAAAAUUAAUUCACACCAAUAUUCCUCUAUAUGUAAAACCCUUAAAUCAAGAUAUUUUUAUGAAUAAUUCUAAUCAUUUUUUUAAUAAUACACCAGUUGAUGUCGUUAUUUCCUUAAGAAUGGGACUAUUUGACUAUCUCUUAUCAACUGCAAUAAACUAUAAAAGUAAAAAAAAUUUUCAUAAAAAAAAUUUUUUUAAUUUUUUAUUGGAAUACUUAAGUUCUUUUUUUUUUUUGUUUAAUAUUGUUCACCCAUUUGAAAAAAACGGAAUUCAACCAUGGGUAUUAUCAGAAUCAGAAUUAUAUGAAUUUUUCAGUUAUAACAUUAAAUCAAUAAAAAAAGCCAUAAAUUAUUAUAGUUGUUCUACUCAAAGAUAUGGAUAUUAA